AUGCUGCUGCUCCAUCGAUCAGAUCGCCCUUUGCUGUCUUCUCUCUCACCUUUUUCUGUCUCCUGUUUCUUGCAGACACCAGACAACAAACGGUCGCGACCGACACGCAGGACAGACACACACCAUACCACUCAGCUAACGUCUAACAGCCUUUUGACUUUGGCGCUUCGUCGACUGCAAUCUUCAGCCGCCGGACCUAAAGAGACCUCGAAGCUCGCUCUCUUUCCUUUCGGGACCUGGUCUGCUUUUUUCUCUUUUCGCAAACAUCAGUCGACACCACAGCCAGGGCAAGACAGCCAAAGUCGCACACGCAACAACCGCAUCAUCGAAGCAGCCAAUCUUCUGCUGCGGCAAACACCACCAUUUCCCUCUUCUUUGUCCUCCCCCCUUCCCGUUCUGCCCCGCGCUGGGCCGUGCCGUACCGUGCAGGUACUGUUUCUGUACCCCCUCCGUCGCCCAAGGAGACGCCUUGUCCUUUGUUGCUGUUCGAGGUACGUACUUGACUCUCGUUCUCUUCUUUGGCUUAUUGUCCCCCACGGCAUCUUGACUUGGGCUGCCUUCAAGUGCCCAUGA